GGACGUCUGCUGCGUGGCUUGACAUCCAGCUCAUUGUUUGGCAUAGAGUCGGAGCGCUGGCAUGUCGGCCAAGAGAAGAAAGAUCGAUUCCCCAGGCACGCAGGGUCAGUGGUCCGUCUUUACAAGUGAGUGCGCGCUGAACAGAGUUAGUGAGCGCUCUCAGCGCCCUGGCAGCCAGGCGGUUGGCGCCUGCUGAGCCGAGCCCUUCCACGGCAACGCCUCCGCCAUCGAACCCGUUCAGUCCUUUGCUUCGGCGACGGGAUGCCGCUGAGUCGCCCAAGAGGCUGGCCAAGGCGCCAACCCCGACCCAGGAUGUGCGCCCCGAGUCCAGGGCGACUCAGACGUACUCGUCCUUCCGCCUCACGAAGAGCAACCACAGGGUCCGAGCCGGAGUGACGGAGCUCAAGCUAGAGGGAAAUGAGCGCUUCCUCGUGCUCGGCAGCUUUGGCCUGCGCGUCCUGGCCGGCGAAGUGACGAUCGCCGGGGCCAUGCUCCGUCCAGGCGAGACCACUUACUGGGUCCAUGCGCCGCACUGUCACGCAGUGCCGGUCCUCAGGACGACAGAGAGGACGAGGCUAGAGCUCCAUAGUGAUCCCAAAGCGGAGAGUCUGCGCAAGCUCGGCAGGUUGUCGCCUCUGUUCCGCGGCAUAUGGAACGAGGGCCAGGCAAGGCCAACCUUUCAGUUUCUCGGGACGUCUGAAGAUGUACCGCCAAAGUCCAUCAUCCAACCGCUUGCUUCGCCUCCUAAGUGGAAUAAGAAGCUUCUGUCCCUGGUCGAAGCCGCGACACGCGCACCGUCUGCGACGCUCGUCUGUGGCCCCAAAUCGGCUGGCAAGUCGACCUUUUCGAGACUUUUGACCAACCGGCUCCUCACCUCUGCCGGCGGAGCCAAAGGCGUCAUAAUUCUGGAUCUCGACCCGGGGCAGCCCGAGUACGCGCCGCCGGGGACGCUCUCACUGGUGCACGUCUCGACGCCCAACCUCGGCGCGCCCUUCACGCACCCCAGCCUCGACGACGGAGCGUACCGCGUGCUGCGAUGCCACUCCCUGGCGUCGGUCAACCCGGCAUCGGCCGCGGACCUGCAUUUUGAAUGUGCCAUGGACCUCUACGACCUCUAUCGGCGCAUGCACCGCCAUUGCCCCCUGAUCGUCAAUACGCCGGGUUGGGUGCUUAGCCUCGGUCUGGAGCUGCUCGUCCAGGUCAUCGUCAACAUCCGGCCAGAGGUCGUCUACAUGUCGGAGGAAGGGCCCAUGGAGACGGUUGACGCCCUCACGGACGCCGCCAGGGACGGAUUCACGGCGCUGCCGUCACAGCCUGCUGAAUUCGCGUCCCGCACCGCUGCGCACUUUCGCGACAUGCAGACCAUUUCCUACUUUCAUAGCGCACCCGACGGACUGCGUCUAUCGUGGACGCCGUCCGCGCUGUCCUCGGCACGCCCGCUCGUCAUCCACUACAUCCGAAGCGGCAUCCGCGGCAUCCUGCGCUACGACUACCAGCUGCAGGCGGACCUGCUCUCCGAAGCCAUCAACGGCGCCAUUUUGGCUGUCGUCGAAGUGGAGUCACCCGAGGCCCUCCGAGGGCUCCCUGAUCCGCGCCCGACACCCGAGGGCAUCCCAUUCAUACCCAACCCCAACGACGUUGCCCUGGACCCGCGACACUCUCGCACCAUUGGGCUCGUCCUCGUCCGCGGGGUUGACGCCGGGCGGAAAACCAUGCAGGUCCUGACGCCCAUGCCCUUGCAGAGCAUAGCCAGAGCACGCGCCCACGGCCACGACAUCGUGCUUGUUCACGGCAAGUUUGACGCGCCAACCUGGGCAUACACGGAGCACCUGCAUGAGCGAGAUUUGGGGGAGGCCAUCGCAGAGCUCGAGGUCACAGACGAGGACACGAGUGAAGACUCGUCAGAGGAGACGGACUUGUCUGUGGACGUGGAGGAAGCGGUGCCGUGGGUUGAAGUGCUAAAGGGAAACCAGAAGCGACCGGUUGGAUCGCGCGUGUGGCGAGUUCGCCGGGACUUGGGGCGGGCGACGGACUAGCAUGCUGAGUAGAGAUCUGAUGACGUGGCUUUGUGGUGAGAGAGAUGGAGAGCACGGACCGGAGGGACACAUGUCCGAGUGUAGAGACAGAGGCAAGACGGCGUCGCGUGCAUGCCGGUAGCUGCAUGACAUCCGCGUGCCGUGCCGCGCGCAUUGAGAAGCAUAACAUAUGACUUUGCUUCGUAUGCAUGUCAUGGG